UCACUUGCAUUGCAUGUCUCGUUAAUAUCUUUCACCUUUUUUCUCUCUUUCCAAUUUCCACCAACUAAGAAAAAAUAUAACACAACAAUGAGAGUUUCACCACAAAAUUCAGAAACCGAGAGCACCUCAAAUUCAUCACCAUACACAACAAACUCAAUUCAAGAAGACCAAGAAUCCAACAACAAGAAGUUGAAACGCAACCGUGAUUCCAACAAACACCCCGUCUACCGAGGUGUUCGCAUGAGAAAUUGGGGAAAGUGGGUGUCCGAAAUCCGCGAGCCACGUAAGAAAUCGCGGAUUUGGCUAGGCACUUUCCCCACUGCUGAAAUGGCUGCUAGAGCGCAUGACGCUGCUGCGCUCUGCGUUAAAGGAAAAUCCGCCAUUCUAAAUUUCCCUCACUUAAGAGAUUCUCUUCCAAAACCUGUUUCUUUAGCCCCUCGCGACGUUCAGGCCGCGGCGGCUAAAGCAGCUCAAAUGGACAUUGGCAAAUUUGAGCUAUCAUCAUCUUCUUCUUCAUUGUCAUCGUUGUCAACAUCUUCGUUGACAACGAUGUCAACAUCAACAAGUCUGUUAAUGAAGACAACAAAAACUCUGUCUUCAUCAGCAGACUUGUCAGCUACUUCUGAAGAACUUAGUGAGAUUAUUGAGCUACCAACUUUGGAAAACGGUUAUGAUGAUGUUGGGAAAGAGGAAUUUGUCUAUGUUGACUCACAAGCACAAGACUAUGCUUGGAUGAUGUAUCAGCAACCAAUGACAUGGCUACAAACAACACAAGAAGAAGAUGGUUGUUGUGUUGGUGAUGAUGGACUUGUUAAUAAUGGUGUUGUAACUAGUUUCGAGAGUUUUAUGUGGAAUUACUAGGUUCUUGUUUUUGUUUUUCUUUCUUUUCUUUCUCUCUCUUUGUUCCUGUCUUUUCUUGUGAAUGCUUUUCUUUUAUUUUAUCUUCUUAAUUUGAUUGAUUGAUAUAAUUAUAGUUAUAUCUAUAAUUAUUAAUGUCACUCUUCUUCA